AUGAGCCAGCACCACCAGUUAACCGUCAAACACAAAACUAACAGCACCGGGGCAUUGUGGGUAAUUUAGCUUCGGCGUCACAUGUUGGGGACAGCAUGGCUGGGAAAAGGAAACUCGAGGACCUCAGUUUGGAUGAUUUCCUGCGGUCAGGCUGGGAUUCAAAUGACGAAGAGGUGACUGCAGACGAACCCCCCAAGCAAAAUGGACUGAAGAUAAAGGACGAGACGAAAGGACUCAAUAAGGAUGACGCGAAGCACUGUAAAGCAUCCCAGCACAAGGAGCAGCUGUCAAGAUUAAAAAAUAAAGAUCCAGAGUUUUACAAGUUCCUGCAGGAAAACGAUCAGAAACUCCUGAAUUUUGAUGACACUGAUAGCUCUGAGGAUGAGGAUGAGGAUGAGGACAAGUACCACAAACUGCCAUCCAUGCUGGAGGAGGCCAGCGAUGAGGAGAAAGAGGAGGCUCCAAAAGAUUCUAAGAAAUCCAAGACAGACGAUGCCAAGAAAGUCACUGAAAAAAUGAUCAAAGACUGGAAAGCUUCUCUGAAAAAGGAACCUACUCUGCGUCUCGUCAGAGACAUCACCCAGGCCUUCAAGGCCGCUGUUGCUACAACUAAGGGCGAAGGAGAGACCCAGUGCCGAUACAAGGUGGAUGACAGUUCAGUGUUUAAUUCCCUGGUCCUCUUCUGCAUCCGAGACAUUUACAGCGCCUUCCAGCGGAUGCUCAAUUUAAAAGCAGAUACACACCAGAAACGGCUGGUGCUCCCACACUCUAGUAAAAAAUGGCAGAAGACUCAAAUAGACAUCAAGAUGUAUCUCAAUGGUGUCAUUCAGUUGUUAUCCUGUUUAACAGAGCCCACAGUCAUCAGCGCUGUCCUGCGACAUGCCAACCAGCUCGUACCUUAUUUUCUUUGUCUUCCCAAACAGUGCCGACCCCUGGUUAAGCAAUUAUUGAAGCAGUGGAGCACAGGGGAGGAGACAAGUCGGGUCCUUGCCUUUCUGGCCCUCAACAACAUCUGCAGACACAAGCAAGAAACUUAUCUUGCACCAAAUCUGAAGCAAAUGUACAUUGCUUAUGUGCAAAACUGCAAGUUCACGUCGCCCAAUGCGCUGCCCAUGAUCAACUUCAUGCAGCGCACGCUUACAGAGAUGUACGCACUAGACACGCAGGCCACUUACCAGCAUGCUUUUGUCUACAUCCGACAACUCGCCAUCCACCUCAGGAAUGCCAUGACCAUGAAGAAAAAGGAAACGUACCAGUCCGUGUACAACUGGCAGUACAUCCACUGUUUAUGCCUGUGGUGUCAUGUCCUCAGCACCCUGCACCCCAGUGACGUCCUCCACCCUCUCAUCUAUCCACUGUGCCAAGUCAUCAUUGGUACCAUCAAGUUGGUACCCACAGCAAGAUAUUAUCCUCUGAGGAUGCAUUGUUGCAGAGCCCUCACCCUGCUGUCAAGCAGUACCAAUACAUUUGUCCCGGUUCUCCCUUUCCUCAUAGAGAUCUUUCAGCAAGUGGACUUCAACAAAAAACCAGGACGAAUGAGUAAGAAGCCAAUCAACUUUGCAGUCAUCCUGAAGCUGAACAAAAUAAACCUGAUGGAGAAAGCAUACAAGGAUGGAUUGAUCGACCAGCUUUAUGACCUGAUGCUGGAAUAUUUCCACACUCAGGCGAGCUCCAUUGGCUUCCCAGAGCUCGCCCUGCCCACUGUCCUUCAGCUGAAAGCGUUCCUGAAAGAAUGCAAAGUGGCCAAUUACUGCAAGGCGGUGCGCCAGCUGCUUGAGAAGGUGCAGGAGAACAGCAACCACAUCACAGCAAGGCGACAAAAUGCACCCUUCGGCGUGGCUGAUGCCAGCGCUGUGGUGGCGUGGGAGAAGGCGAUUGAGAAGGAGGGCACGCCGCUUAGCAAAUACUUCAGCCAGUGGAAGAAGUUGAGAGAGAAGGAGAUUCAGUUGGAGAUUUCUGGCAAAGAAAGGAUGGAGGAUCUGAACUUGCCAGUAAUUAAGCGCAAGAAGAUUCAUGAGAAGAAAGCAGAGGACAAGAAGGAGUUUAAGGGUUUGUUUGAAAGCGACUCUGACGAUGAUGACGAGGAGGAUACUGGACUCAAAAUCAAAGAUAAAAAGGGCAGCCAGGGGUCACUUGAUGAUGCUGAUGAUGAAGUUCUUGAAGGGCGGUCUGACAUGAGCGAUGGAGAUUCUGAAGAGGAAGAGGACGACGAAGAAGACGAGAAGGCGUCAAAGGCCCCUCAGCCGUUGUCGUCGUCUGCUCUCAUCGAGCUGGCCGAAGGAGACGACGAUGUGGUGGAGGACUUGGAGCUGUCCGACGACGACGACUGACUGACUCUCACCGGGGGAAAAAAAAAACGUUUCAACGUUUAACAUGCACGAGAUGUCUUUUCCUGUGUACAGUACAAACACAUUCUUAUGUCCUUUUAUAAAGCAUAAACUUGCAUAACA